AUGUUGUCUGGGAGGUUUCCGUACGCGUUGGUGAUGAAGGUAUCAAGUAGUGAGCCUAGAGACGUUUUGCAGUCGGAAAGAACAUGUUUAACGUUUAUCAGAUUUUCAACUUCAUUAUUUUUCGUUGCAUUGGGAGUGGUACUUAACUUCAAGCUUCAUACUUCGAGUGACGAUAAGGAUGGCGGCGGGGAUGAACCAUCCAAAGGAUUUUCUAAUUAUUCAUUUUUUGUUGCCAUGGUAUUGAUGAGUCUUGCGGUAAUUACGUUAAUUGUGAGUGGAAUUGAUUAUUUUGUCACCAUUAAAAGAUACGCUAAACAUAAGAUCAAAACGUAUAAUUUUAAUAAUUUGACUACAAUUUUUUGUGUUACUAGCAUUAUUAUUACAUUACUUGGUAUAAAUAUAUCUCUAAUAGUGGAUCAGUAUAUUAAAGAAUCAUGA